AUGGCAAUGCCAACCUAUGCAAUGUCAUGUUUCAAGCUUCCAGUCAAACUAUGUAAAGACAUUCAUGCUAUUAUGGCAAGGUUCUGGUGGAGGGAGGAGAAUGGCAAAAGGAAAGUGCAUUGGUGUUCAUGGAAAAAGAUGGCAAAGGGAAAGCACAGUGGUGGCUUAGGAUUUAAAGACUUACAAGGCUUUAAUAAAGCUCUGUUGGGUAAACAAAUCUGGAGGCUUCUCACCUGCCCAAACUUGCUGAUGAGCAAGGUGAUGAAAGCCAAGUACUAUCCACAUGGAUCACCUCUAAGCUGCGAAGUCAAAGGCAACUCCUCCUGGAUAUGGAAAAGCAUGAUGGGAGCAAGAGAGGAGGCAAGGAGAGGUGCAAGGAAGAAAAUAGAAGCGGGACAGAUUCUCAAAAUCCCUAUAAGCCUGACGGGUAGACCAGACUGCUAUUUUUGGAGCCAUAGUGAGAAUGGACAGUACACAGUUAAGUCAGCAUAUGAAACAAUAACAAGAGAGAAAAAACUGUUGGAACUAAACGGCAAAGUCAAGGGAGAGACAAGCUGGGAGGGAAGGAGUGGGAAAGUCUGGAAACAGCUUUGGAAGAUGAAGAUAAAGCACAAACAAAAGCUGCUUGUAUGGAAAAUCCUGCACCAAGCCUUGCCAUGUAGGGAAGCACAUCAUAAACGAACAGGCAAAUGUGAUAUAAUCUGCAAGAUAUGUGGGAAAAAUAGUGAAACAGUGGAGCAUAUCUUCUUUCAUUGUAAACAAGCACAAAUGAUAUGGCGGAUGGCGCCCCUCCAGUGGGAUGGACUUAAGGAGCACACUGCUGAUUUCAGGCGAUGGUGGACCAUGUUAAUGGAAGUGCAGACGCAAAAGGAGGGGAGGGAGCACAUAAACUUAACAGUGGACAUCCUUUGGCAGAUCUGGAAAGCCAGGAAUGCAGCUGAAUUUGAUGGCAAGGAUACACAUCCAAUGGAAGUUAUUAGGAAAGCAAUUAAGGACUGGGAGAAGUAUCACCAAUCACAACAAAUACAACAUCAGCUGAGCAUAUCCGAAACAGAAACAGUACAAGAUGAGGAGGAACGGAUGGGGGAGAAUGAUUACUUGCUGAACAUGAGCGUGGAAGUGGGUCAACAUGUGGAAGGCCAAAAUAUGGGAAUUGGAGUUGCAACACAAAACAAUUGGAACCAAAAAUGCGAAACUUGGAUACUAAAUGAGAGAAGCACUGGAUCAGCAGUGCAGGACAAUCUUUUGGCCAUCAAACUGGCACUUUAUAAGCUAAAGGAGAAAGGAUGGCAGCAUAUCAAGAUCCGAACACCAUGCAUUCAAGUUCUAAAUAUCAUACGGUAUCAAGCUUUUAGUAACUUAAAGCUGGCAACUCACCUGGAGGAUAUAAAAGAUCUUUGCUCAAUGUUUAGGAAAUGCUCAUUUGAUAGAUUACCUGGUGAUAAGGAUAGACUCGGUGCUAAACUGAGUAGAUUAGCCAUACUUCUUCUUUGA